AUGCACCCUCCCGACCUUCCAUUUUCCUCCUCUGUCAUCAACAAUGAGACCAUCACCUCCAGUAUGAUUCCCCUAUCCCCCAUAACAGGGCUCGCAACCACCGGCGUGUCAUUCCUCGCCACUAUCACCGCUGCUGGGGUUGCCCAAGCCACCGGAACGCCCAACACAUUCAAAUCCAAGCCCGACGAUGAGAACAAUGGGGAGUGCAAAUUACUGGGAUCAUUUGCGGUUUUUGUUCAGGGAGCGCUUGGUGCCCUCGCCUUGUUGACACUGGUGUUCAAGAGAUGGAGGGAGCGACCGCAACGACCAGUCAAAGUCUGGGCAUUCGACGUAUCCAAGCAGGUGGUCGGGUCUAUACUACUUCACCUGGCCAAUGUGGUCAUGGCCAUGUUCUCGGCCGGUCAGAUCCAGGCAACGAUUGCAAAGUCCGCCGCGAGCGCAGCGGGAGUGGAUACCGAAGACAAAUACCAGCCGAAUCCAUGCUCGUGGUACCUGCUCAACCUGGCCGUUGACACGACGGUGGGCAUCGUCAUCCUGAUCGCCAUCCUCAAAAUUUUGACCAUUGGAGCCAGCUACACAGCUCUGGCCCGACCACUCGAAUCCAUCGAAUCUGGUCACUACGGCACACCACCCAAAACCACAUGGUGGCUGAAGCAGUGUCUGAUAUAUUUUGUGGGAUUGAUCGGGAUGAAGUCGUGCGUUUUCUUGCUUUUCCAACUUUGUCCAUGGCUGGGCCGGGUCGGAGACUGGGCGCUCCGCUGGACAGAGGGUAAUGAGGCGGUGCAGAUCGCAUUUGUCAUGUUUAUUUUCCCACUCAUCAUGAACGGCAUGCAAUACUACAUCAUCGACACCUUUAUCAAGAACAACAAGAACAAGGAGGAUGCGGCCUCUGGGAGAGCCGAUGGAGCACAAGACGACGAGCAAGGAGGACUCCUUGGGCCAGACGGUGAUCACGAUCAAUCAGUGGAUGGGGAUGCAGUUGGAGCUGGCGCAAGACCGCAGAAACCCCAGUUCCAGCAUCAUCAUGUGGCGUCGUAUGAUCCGGACAAGGACGGUGAAACACUUUUGGCAACGAGUCGAGAUGGAGAAAGCAGUAGCAGUAACAGUGCCAUGCUGGCAGAACAGGCGGAGGAAGAGGCGGUCGAGAAUCGACCUCGUGUGUGA